GGCGUCGUGCUCUUCCCCUCUCCUCCCGCAGAGGGCGCCCCGGCCACCCCUGUCCCCUGUCCGGGGCCGCCUCUGUCCUGUGACAGCCCCUGUCCACUGUCACCCCUUGUCCUAUAACAUCCCCUAUCCACUAUCACACCCUGUCCACUGUCACCCCCUGUCCUAUAACAUCCCCUAUCCACUAUCACACCCUGUCCACUGUCACCUCCUGUCCUAUCGCACCCUGUCCACUGUCACCCCCUGUCCGCUGUGACCUCCUGUCCGGGGCUACGCCCUGUCGUAUGACACCCCCGUUGUACGACACCCCUGUCCUGUGACACCUCUGUCCCCUGUGACCCCCUGUCCUGUCACCCCGUGUCCCUUAUCACCCUCUGUCCUGUGACACCCCCUUGUCUGGUGUCGCCUCCUGCUUGUCCCCUGUCAUAACCCGUUCAUGCCUAGCCUGUGCCACCCCGUACCUAUCUCUACCACCUGUGUCCAGUGCCACUCCCUGCUUAGCCCGUGUCACCCUCUCUCCAGUGCCACCCCCUGCCUGUCCCAUGCCACCGUCUGCCGGUGUCAUCUCCUGCUUGCCUCCUGCCACUCCUACCUGCUUGGCACCACCCACUGCCACCUCCAGCCUAUCCCGUGCCACCCUGUGCCACCCCUUGCCCGACCCAUGCCAUCAUUCCCUGCCUCCCCGGGGCCACCCCCUGCCUGUCCCGUGCCACCUCCUGCGCGGUGCCAGCCAGCGCCAGUCCCUGCUCUCCUGCUCCAGCCCUGCCGUGCCCCACCGCGUGUCCAGGCUCCUGGCUCUUCUGCUCACAGAAGAAAGCCUCUUACAACCUUUUAAAGCCCCGGAGAAGCAGGAGACGCGUAGGAAAACGGGCGAUCCUGAGAUUUAUUAUUUUUUACAAUCUCAUCGUUUUGGGCCUGACUCACGGCUUUUGAAUGUUUGGGAUGGGCAGCCACGGGGGAAAGUAAGUUUGCUCAGCACAAGCGGAGAGGCCAGGCAGGAGCGACAGACAUCUGUGUGGUGACAGGGCUGCAGAGGGGGCCGUCACCCUGCCUCCAGCUCCUCUCCAUCCUCGCCAGGGCCCGCGGCUGCUCCCGGCCCCAGCACGGCGGGUGGGCUGCCCAGCGCACCCCCCCGGCUGCCCGGCAUGACAGCCCCCGUCCUGCUGCUGGUCCUUGCCAGGCUGGUGUCAUCCACGUGGCACGAAGGGUCUGGCUACUACCUGGAGAGUCACACCAACGAGGUGUACGCAGAAGAACCCCCCUCUGAGCCCGCCCUGGAUUACCGUCGAGUGCCGCAGUGGUGCGCCACGCUCAACAUCCACCGCGGAGAGGCCACUUGCUACUCGCCCCGGGGCAGCUCCUACCGCAGCAGCCUGGGGACACGCUGCGAGCUGAGCUGCGCCCGCGGAUACCGCCUGGUGGGUCCCAGUGCCGUGCAGUGCCUGCCCAGCCGCCACUGGUCGGGAAUGGCGUACUGCCGACAAAUCCGGUGCCACGUGCUGCCAGCGGUGCUGCGGGGCUCCUACGUGUGCUCAGCAGGCGUGCAGAUGGAUUCCCGCUGUGACUACACCUGCCAGCCCGGCUACCAGCUUGAGGGCGACCGGAGCCGCAUCUGCAUGGAGGAUGGGCACUGGAGCGGGAGCGAGCCAAUCUGUGUAGAUCUGGAGCCUCCCAAGAUCCGCUGUCCUGACUCCCGGGAGCGCAUAGCAGAGCCAGGCAAGCUGACUGCCACCGUGUACUGGGACCCUCCCCGCGUGAGGGACUCCGCUGACGGUGUCAUCAAGAGGGUGAUGCUGCGGGGCCCGGAGCCCGGCUCGGAGUUCCCCGAAGGAGAGCAUGUGAUCCGCUACACCGCCCACGACCAGGCUUACAACCGCGCCAGCUGCAAGUUCAGCAUCCGCGUCCACGUGAGGCGCUGCCCUGUCCUGAAGCCUCCGCAGAACGGGUACAUCUCCUGCACCUCCGACGGCAACAACUACGGCGCCACCUGCGAGUACCUGUGCGACGGGGGCUACGAGCGCCAGGGCACCUCCCUGCGGGUGUGCCAGUCCAGCCAGCAGUGGACAGGCUCCCAGCCCCUUUGUGCCCCCAUGCAGAUCAACACGGAUGUGAGCUCGGCCGCCAGCCUGCUGGACCAGUUCCACGAGAAACGCCGCCUCUUGGUCAUCUCGGCCCCCGACCCCUCUAACCGCUACUACAAGAUGCAGAUCUCCAUGCUGCAGCAAGCUGCCUGCGGGCUGGACCUGCGGCACGUCACCACCGUGGAGCUGGUGGGGCAGCCCCCGCACGAGGUGGGACGCAUCCGGGAGCACCGGCUGUCCCUUGGCAUCAUCGAGGAGCUCAGGCGCUUCCUGCACCUCACACGCUCGCACUUCAACGCGGUGCUGCUGGACAAGGCGGGCACGGACCGCGAGCGCUACAUCGCCCCGGUCAGCCCCGACGAGCUCUUCGUCUUCAUCGACACCUACCUGCUGAGCGAGCGUGAGGCGGCACGGCGGGCACAGAGCGGGGACCCCUGCGAGUGACCCCCGCGCUGCCCUCCGGGGAUGGACACCGCCCUUUCUGCUUUCCUAGUCGCCCGCCGUAGCGGAGGAGCAGGGUGCCAGGGAGCUCCGGGGAAGGGGAGCCCCUCCCUGGCUGUUCUGGCACACAGAGGUGAGCAGGGGCUGUGUGCCAGCAGUGUCCCCCUGCCCAGAGCCAGGAGCUGUUUCCAGCUGGGGCAUGGUUCAGCCCAACCAGGACCCUGGUGGGAGACACUGGAGGGCCCCUGCUCAAAUCCCAGGGCAGGGGUGGGACAGGGAGCCGGAGGAGAGUAGCAGGGCAGGGAGGGCAGGCCGGCCAGCAGUGCAACAGCCUCUAGCACAGCAGCUUCAGCCUCCCCACAGCUCACCCUGUGCACAACCUCGACCCAAUGCCUCCCACUCUGAAAGCCCUGAUUAAAAGCAAAUGGCCCCAUGCUCAGCAGAGCCCACAGCCAGCAUGCAGCCCACUCUAAAGGGCUUGCCAUCUCCCCUGGCACUCACUCCCUCUCCCACCACCAACAGGGACCCUUUCUGGGAGCUGCUUUGGCAGUAGAAGAUUAAGUUGAAAUAAAUAGAUUUGUAUAAAAAGUCA